UUUUAAACUUCAAUAAUGAAACUGAGUGUGGGGAUAUUUUUUGGAGGCUUCUUUGCAGCUCUGGGGGUUUUGCUUUUUUUGGUGGCAUUUGGAACUGAUUAUUGGCUUCUUGCUACAGAAAUAGGAACUUGUUCAGAAGCACCUGAUGAAAGUGUUGGGGGAGAGAAGGCCACUUUCCAUCAUGAAGGUUUGUUCUGGAGGUGCUGGUUUAGUGGAAAUGUAGGAGAUAAUAAUGCCAGCAUGUGGAAAUUUUGGUAUACCAACCAGUCACCUUCUAAGAACUGUACGCACGCUUACCUGUCCCCAUUUCCUCUUCUCCGAGAUGAGCACAACUCAACCUCCUAUGACUCUGCAAUCAUUUAUCGAGGUUUCUGGACAGUUCUUAUGCUCCUGGGAGUGCUCACUGUUGUGGUGGCUAGUUUCCUCAUCAUCUGUGCAGCUCCUUUUGCCAGUCACAUUCUAUACAAAGCAGGAGGAGGCUUUUUCGUCAUUGCUGGUGUCUUGUUUUCGCUGGUAGUUGUGAUGUAUGUCAUCUGGGUCCAGGCCAUGGCUGAUCUGGAAAACUACACACAGAUGAAAAAAAUGGAUUGCCCAGACUUCGCUGUUUAUGUGCGUUAUGGCUGGUCAUUUAUGUUGGCUCCUAUAGGAGUAUUUUUUUCUUUGUUAGCAGGAAUGCUGUUCUUGUUGGUAGGGCGUGCCAUUUAUUUACACUCAGACUAGUCAGACCCUGCUGAAGGGAAUACAGCAAUACCUGAGAAACUUUGUGACAAGUAAAAACAAGUAAACUGGAACACAAUUUUGUACGUUAUUACCGUUAUGGCAAUCCUAAGUAUGCAGGCAGACUUCUGGAAUUUCUUCUAUUACUUGUUUAAGGGUAAAGGACACAAAAUUCAAUACAGGAAGAAACCACCUUUAGACCCAACUAGUUGUUUUUAAUCCUGUAGAAAAUACACUUGUGGGUCUUCAUAUUUUACUAUUAGCAGCAUUUUUGUAGGUUAAUGAACAGAAGAAGACAAAAAUUUUCUGCAAGUAAAACAUGAACAUGAAUCGUCUCAAAUCAACAUUUUAUACAUUUAUCUUUUAGCAUUUACACUGUACUUCUCUUUGUAGAGAAUGGCACAAAGUAGAGGAGAAGGCAAACAUUCAAACACAGUAAUUCAAUCUACCUCCUCUCUGGUUUUCCAGUACUUGCCUUAGCUUUAAUGGCAGCAAACAUGUCUGCACUUCAUAAAAAUAGAGCGCAGUUGUUCAUGCAGCAUCCAUAGGAAGAGGACGAGGGAGAAGACAAUUGCCAUGAAUGUAUAAAAGCUUAACUGUUCUAUUACCUUUUCUCUUUUCUGUAUGCAUAUGAAAGCUGUAUACUUAUGUAUUCUGAAAUCCAUGUGUUGCAUGAUUCUGUAAGCCAAAAUGCCAUAGUACAAUCGCUAUCUGAAGUUGUGCCAGAAUUGUAUUUUGAAUUAUAGCAUUAAUAUUUUAAUUAAGUUUUAACCCUUU